CUCGCGAUGCGCCUGCGCCGCAGCGGGGCGGGGCGGAGCGUGUUUCCGCAAAGGCUCCUGCGGCGGGAGCGUGCGCGCGGGCUCUGCCGUCCUCCUCUCCGCGCACAGCCUGAGAUGUGGUCAUGCCAGGCAGACUUCUCCAGAGCCUGGCCUCUUUACACAGCGUGUCAUCAAAAGCCCGUCAGUGCAGGAGGCUCCCUGGGCUCCCGUUAAAACCACGUUCGGAAUCUGGAAGCGCAGCAUGCCGGAGCACCCUGAAAAUACAGACCCAUUUCGGUUCAUUCUGUCCUAGUGUAAGAGCUGACAGCUGGAAUAAGCCAAAGAUCCUGGGAAUGAGCUGGAUAAUACCAAACGCAAGCGGACCCUCUCCAUUACAUGUUGGCCGUUGUUGGGAUGGAGAAGCACGUCUGCCGGCCAUGUGCCCCUUUGGGACUCCCAGGAAAGUGACUUACAGACCAAAUCUCUUAUGCUCUAAGUGGUUUAUAAAAACAGUAAAAAGGCAUUACUCUGUAUCGACAGAUACACUUGUUCCAAAACAAGACCUUCCACAGAUCAAGAGGCCCCUGAAGGCAUCCCGGACCCGUCAGCCAUCCAGGAGCAACCUCCCAGACCUUUCUGUGAAUGAGGACCUGAUGCAAUGCACGGCCUUUGCAACCGCGGAGGAGUAUCACCUGGGAAGUCUGUCGCAAGAGCUGGUCUCCUGCGGAUAUGUGGAGGUGACAAGCCUGCCUCGAGAUGCAGCAAAUAUUUUGGUGAUGGGUGUGGAGAACGCUGCAAAAGAAGGUGAUCCCGGAACAAUAUUCUUGUUCAGGGAAGGAGUUACUGUGUUCUGGAACGUAAGAGACAAAACUGUGAAGCACGUGAUGCAAGUCCUGGAGAGACAUGAAACCCAGCCCUAUGAGGUGGCUCUGGUCCACUGGGAGAACGAAGAGCUGAACUACAUGAAAACGGAGGGACAGUCUAAACUGCACAGGGGAGAAAUCAAGUUAAACUCGGAGCUGGACUUAGAUGACUCCAUUCUAGAAAAAUUUGCUUUCUCCAAUGCUCUUUGCCUCUCAGUGAAACUGGCUAUUUGGGAAGCAACACUGGACAAAUUUAUUGAGUCUAUUCAGUCAAUUCCAGAGGCAUUAAAAGCUGGGAAGAAAGUCAAGCUGUCUCAUAAAGAAGUUAUGCAGAAAAUGGGUGAGCUCUUUGCCCUCAGGCACCGUAUAAACCUGAGUUCAGAUUUCUUGAUGACUCCUGACUUCUACUGGGACAGAGCUAACCUGGAGGAGCUUUAUGAUAAGACCUGCCAAUUUCUCAGCAUUACUCGAAGAGUUAAGGUCAUGAAUGAAAAGCUUCAGCACUGCAUGGAGCUAACAGACCUAAUGCGGAAUCACCUGAAUGAGAAGAGGGCACUCCGCCUGGAGUGGAUGAUUGUCAUCCUCAUCACCAUCGAGGUAAUGUUUGAGCUGGGAAGAGUGUUUUUCUGAUCUUGUGACAACGAGAACAUCACUGGAAGAGAUAAUUCAAGUCCUACAACCAAAAUAAACCAGCAUUCACUA